ACACUUUGAGUUCGGAGUCAGCUCCAGGGCACCUCGUGACCUUAAAAGACCCACUAAAGUAAAUGUUGUGUUUUGUUUCUAAAUACAUUAAAAUAUGUUUGAAGUGCUGAAGACAGAAAUUGUUGAGAUAGGGCUAAAAAGUCAUUGUCACCACCUCAGCUGGCAAGAUAUUUGAGAUGGGGCUAAAAGCUUGCCGCGUGAUGUAAGACGGCCGGGGCGUAUAUACUUUCUCGAAUGAGGCCUUCCCCCACUGUAUACUCUCAUCAUCAGCAUGGUUUUGCUACGCUGCUUGGAAACAGCCAUUUUAAUACUCCUCUUUUCAAGUUUGCAUACAGAUGCUAAACCACUGAGAAAGAGAACCAUCAGUGAGGUACAGUUAAUGCACAAUGUUCAGGAACACAAACAAGUGGGAGAGCGACAGGGAUGGCUCCAGGAGAAGUUGAAGGACGUUAUUGUUUCCAGUGCCGACCCUCAACACGGACAAUUAGCCACUAUCAAAAAUAUAUUCCCAAAUGAGGUUCUUGGUGCAAGAAAACAACAACUAAAUUGACUAUUGUAGAAGUACAGUAUUUGCUAUUAUUGAUUUAUUUAUUGAUUUCAGUGUUUCUUUUAUUUAUUUUAGGUAAACUGCCAAUGCAAUGUCUUUUUUUUCUUUCAGUUAAAAACAAAUCUUGUUUCUUCAGCAUUCAUCAUUGUCAAUCUGUCAAUUACUGGUAAUCGUUUGUUUGCAUUUUUGUUUUGGACAAUAUAAUUUUAUCAUUUAUGAUUAAAUAAUAUUGGGGUUUUUUCAAAAACAGAAGAAUUUAAAUACCGGUUCUUUAUGUUAUAAAGUGUACAGGUGACUGGUUUAAA